AUGGAGUAUUUGAAGAAGUUGCAGAGCAAACCGAUGAACUACCUGGAGCUAGUUAAGUCUAUAUCCAGGUUAGAAAUUUCAAUUAAGGCUCUGAGAGGGGAUAUAGAGCUGGAACAGCAACAACUUUCUCACGAGCAACCGUCUCAGCUACAGCAGCGGCAGCCUCAACCACAAGGGCCACAGCUGCAUCAGCAACAAUCUCAGUCAGAACAGCAUCAACAACAACCAUCUCAACGUUUUAAAAGACAGCAACAUCAGAGAGUUCCUCAACAACUACACCUGCAACAGCAUCAAUAUUUCGAACGACAGCAGCAGCAAUUGAAGCAACCACACCAACGACAAAACCGACUGCAGCAAUCGAUACGCCAGCCUCAAGACCAAAACUUGGUAGAAUUUCUUCAAAGACAUUCCUUCACAGAAUGUAAACUAAUCGUGAAUACAAACAACCUUAUAACAGAAACAACUGCAACGACUACAUCAGCUACUGCUGCUGCUACUACUUGUACUACUUCUACUGCUACUACUUCUACCGUUAAUAGUACUGCCGUUUCUAUUGCUUCUUCUGAUACUACAAAAACUACUACCUUUAAUACGACUUAUAUGGCCAUAACUACUACCACUAUUACCGUGGCAACAUUAACUAUUACUUCUGCUACUGGCAAUUUUGCAGCUUCUACUACUGCUUCUGCUGCUAUUAUCACGACUUCUGCUGUUGCUACUACUUCUACUACUACUACUACUACUACUACUACUACUACUACUACUACUACUACUACUACUCUUAGUAUUACUAGACAGAAAUCCUUGAAAAAUUCUACUAAAUUGAAUUUUGAAAAUGCCUAUAAAAGUCUGUCUCUUCUUUUGAAGGAUUUGCAUAUUUCAACAACUACCUAUAAUACUACUGCUGCUGCUAAUAAAUUGGCCACCACUUGCACUGCUACAACUACUGCUGCUACUACUACCACUAUUAUUUCUGCUGCCGCUGCUACUACUACUAGUGACGUUAUUAGGAGUUCUUCUACCUUUAAUUCUAUACCGACUAGUGCAAUUACUACUAUAACUACUACAACAACAACAACAAUUGCUACUACUACUGCUACUACUGCUACCACUGUUACUACCACAACUACUGCUGCUACUACUACAACAACGACUUCUACUACUACAGCAACUAAAAGUAGUAGUAGUAAUGAUUGUAGCCCCUUAAGAAUGGAUUCCUUAGUGAACUCACCCGCAAGAAGUUUAUUGAAUGGCAGUUUUGCUGAUAGUUCUCCUCGUUGUUCGCCUCCUUUUGCUGCUGCUGCUGCUACUACUACUACUAUUGACGACAACAACCUACAGCUACUGUCGUUAAGGAAGAAGCUUCUGUUACGACAACAACCGCAACAAAAUGGUGACGAUGAUGAGAAGGAGGGCUCUGAUAAUGAGGAUGGCAACGAUGAUGAUGGUCAUGGUAAAGUAGAUGAUGCGUUGAUUGGGAGUAGACAGUGGAAACAGCUGCAGCGAGAUGAAAGAAUGUUGCUAUACGAUUGGGGUGUUUCGAAGGAAAGGACUGCUCCAACUACAAGAACCACCACUGAAGAGCAUUCUGAAUC